AUGGCCAUUGUGACUGAAAGCGGUCCGCUGCCUGGGAAGCUACCGGUCUCAAAGGAUCUGGAUUUCUAUUCAAAGUCCGAGAGGCUGUUUGAAAAGCGAAAUGAAAAUAUCUCAGCAACAGAAGCUGUGGCUCUGAACGAUGAGAGCAUAAAGUUCAUCAACACCUUCACCGUAGAACACACAAUUAACAACGAAAGAAGAGAUCAUCACCGAACUUAUUUUGAUCAAGUUGAGGUGCGACAAAGAUAUAACGACACUAACAAUCUGUCGGGUAAAUAAUGGUCGCAUCGAAAAUCGCAUCGCCGCCGAGAAAACAAGUUGUGUAGCGGCAAAAUCAAAUUGCUUUUCACUUCAGCGACGCCGUCGGCGCAGCGACAUUGUGCUCAUUAUCUUCCCGACAGAAUGAUCCGCUGAUUUUGAUAUAUGAAUCAGUGGAACCAUUAUUUCCCCGACAAACUGGAAAUAUCAAGACAAUAAAGUGGAGUUCUUUUCAGGGAAACGGAACAAAAGAAAUUGUUGUAAUUGGCAACAGUCUGGCCAGAGAUUUGUAUUUCGGAGUGAGAAGCCGGAUGAGAAACGUCUACAAACGGCUGACCUUGUUUUACAUCUCCGGAAUACUGCCCUUUCAAAAUAAUACACGCCGAAACACAUCGCCAAAGGACUUUACGGACUUUGUUAAGAAUAUGAACUGCACUAUUGACAUUUUGGUCACGGGGCAAGCGUAGGUUUUCAAUGCAUAGUUGAGAUAAACAGAGGGUUUUUACAGCUACAAAGCGGUUACAGUUCCGCCCGACGAUGACUAUAUUCGAAGCCAAAUGCUCGGGGAUCUCCAAAAUUACUAUGAUCAAUUGGCUGGAUUGGACGUAAAAUUACUUGUGAUACCAUAUGCCGAACAUGUUAUCGACUUUACCAUCGAAAAAUACAAUCAGGCUGUAUUGCUGGGGACACAGCGUCAAUUGAAUUACAAACACACCGUAAGAUUACUAUAACUCCUGAUAUAUCAGUCUGUCGGGAAAAUAAUGUGGAUCCGUUGCGAGAAUUUGGAAUAACCAAACAUCGCACCACUUGUGGCGGCUGGAGACUUGAUGCGCGAUUUCGAGGAGCAGAGUAGUUUUUCGUACGACAAAUCCACGUGAUUUUCUCGACAGGCUGAUAUAUGAACUAUAUUUUAUUUUUUCGUAUUUUAGCAAGUACACAGUCUCCACACAGAAGCCAUAAACAAGGUCAUUGACAAAAUAAAAUGCAAAAACUGCGUCAAAAUUGACUUCUACAACUCGCUUUGUGAUCCAGUUGAAGACCACUGCUAUGUUGGACAAGAAAAUGGACUGGCAAUCUACCGGGACAAAGCGCACACAACAAUCUUUGGGUCGAUUUAUUUUGCUGAUGCUUUAUCGGAUAGGCUAAAACUUUCAGGAGUUGUUGAAUAA